AAUGCGAAACAUCGCAAACUUAGUUUAGAAAGAAAAUGGACUCUGAUAGAGGUGCCAACUUUACCGUUCUUCCUGGAAUGCAUGUUGCUUCAUUUCAGUGUAAUCUGGUGAAUGGUUUGACAACUGCAGCAAGAGUUUGGUCCAGUGAUGAAAUCAACACCUCUUUUUCUCUGAUAUUCUUCUUUCCGAUGACCAGUGGUGUUGAUCCUUCUGAGAUUCUGGCAUUAAAUGAACACAUAAAAGAUUUUCACAAGAACGACUGUUCGGUCUUUGCGUGUACAAGCGAAGGAGUACUCCCAAUUAUGAACUGGGUCAAAGAUGAAGUUGGCGCUGGAGGGUUUGGAGGACAGCUGCUGUUUGAUAUAUUGAGUGAUCCUGAUCUUAGCAUUGCAAACCAGUUCAGUGUAAAACGACCCUCUGGAUUACCUUGCAGAGCUGCCUAUAUUCUAGACAGGGAGAAGAGAGUGAGACACAGUGUUAUUCACUCUAGAUAUAUUGGGCGAAGUAUCAAGCAGCUCCUGCGAACUGUAGAAGCUCUGAAAACUGUUGAGGAUAAGGGAGCAGAAGGUCAGGUUGUGGUUCCAGCAAACUGGGUGAUGGGGAAAGAAAUGGUUUUUAACACUGUGGAGGGAAGGAAGGAAUAUUUCUCUAAUCUGGUUUCUCUUAUAUAAAUAUAAAUAUCACAGUUUCAUAGUUGUGUUUAGUUACAAAGUUUUUUUGUAUUUCCUUUAAAUAAACAAAUUUUAACUUUUA